AGACAGAUCUUCAGGUUAGAUCAGAGCGACGCGCAGCCGCCAGGUGAGCAACCGACAGUGCGUGACGGAAAUCAUGCUAGAACUUUUCACGUGAAAAGGAAGACAAGAAAUACAUAAAUAUUGAAAAUAAUACUUGGACAAGUUUGUCUCUUUGUACUGGUGCUGAAAAUUCCUACGUUUCUGGAAGAGAAGUUUGUGGAUUAGGUUAUCUCGUGUGCGUGCGCGUUCGGUCUAAAGGUAUUUCUUACCUUAGUGAUUAUAACGGGGAUAUCCCCUCUGCACGUCGUGAAACCCGGCCGAGUCUCCAUAACCUCAAAAUUCCCUAGUCACGAGGGACCGCCGACAGACAUGUCGCUGUAAGAAUUGUGUUGUGGUGCCGACAGGGAUAUACAUCCAUCAGGAAUUGCGGUGAGUGACGGUGACCUGGUGCGUGAUACUGUUGUGGCGAUACUUACAUCUCGAGAAUCAAGAGGGUUCAGGCUUCUAAAGUCGUCCGGGUUUUCGGACGCGCUAUACAAGAGCCCCCCCGGAAGCGCGGAUGAUGACCGGACGGGGACCCACUCAUUUAGUCGCCCUGUACGUGGCGACGGCAGGACUACAGGGUGAUUCUCUUGGUUCCGAUGAGGAGGAAAUCACCCUUCUCGUUUACGUGCUCAUCGAUGCGCUCCAGAACAAGGUGAUGGGGUACCAACAGUACAUCGUGAGACCGAUGGUGAUGGAUGGCGGCGCCGCCGGCGGUACCGGAAGUGAAAAUCCGGUGGUGCCCGGAAGUAGCGGAGUCAUUAGCGAAGCGGCACUCGUGCACGCUCCAGCCCUGACCGAACAGACCCUUCGGGAACACGGGAUCCCGUUGCAUCAAGCGAUUCAGCAGUUUGAGUCGUGGUGGUCAUCCCUUACCUGCGUGGCAGCUGGAAGUACGCCACGAUUUAUCGUCGAUGGACAGGCACCAUUGAGACAGUGUCUUCAUCCGGAAGCUUGCAACAAAGACAUUGAACUUCCACUCCAUUAUACCCUAUUUCAUGACUUGCGCAAGGAGUUCGCCACAUGCUACUCGUCGCAAGACGAACUCUCGACGACUGGAAUUCAGGAAAUGAUUCAAUACUUUGGUCUGGCGCCUGAUACGGAUAACGAGUAUCACGUGAAGGAAAUCCAGGAUAUGGUGAACAUCGUUCAGAGGAUGAUCAAGGAUGGACACGUAUUUCAGAAUCCGGAAAUUGUUAAUCUUGUACUGGAACCUGGCAUAUGCUCAAAAGACGAAGAAGUGGACAAUGAUUGUGUAGUGAGAGCUCGAGGACUUCCUUGGCAAUCCUCUGAUCAGGACAUAGCUAAGUUCUUUCGAGGAUUGAAUGUGGCCAAAGGUGGCGUCGCACUUUGUUUAAGCCCAAUGGGCAGGCGUAACGGUGAAGCUUUGGUGCGUUUUGUUAGCAAGGAACACAGAGACAUGGCGCUCAAAAGGCACAAGCAUCAUAUCGGCUCAAGGUACUUAGACCUCUUCAAAGCUACCGGUGAGGACUUUGUACAAGUAGCUGGUGGAACAAGUGGAGAAGCUCAUGCAUUUCUUUCGCGAGGAGCACAGGUCAUUGUCAGGAUGAGGGGUCUACCCUAUGACUGUGUCGCCAAGCAAGUGCUUGAAUUCUUCCUAGCAGGAGAAAAUUCGUGUCAGGUAUUGGACGGUGAAGAAGGAGUACUGUUUGUAAAGAAACCAGACGGCAGGGCGACCGGAGAUGCGUUUGUUCUAUUUGCAAAGGAAGAGGACGCCUCAAAGGCAUUAAGCAAACACCGUGAUCUCAUAGGCAGCAGAUAUAUUGAAUUAUUCCGGAGUACGACCGCUGAAGUACAACAGGUCUUAAAUAGGGCGCUGGAUCCAAAACCUUACGAGGCUCCACCGCCACCACCUAUAACAAUACAGCCACUUCCUCUUUUGCCACAACAUAUAAUAACUUCAGGCACCCGCAAGGAUUGCGUUCGUUUACGUGGUCUUCCUUAUGAGGCUCAAGUUGAACAUAUUCUCGAGUUUCUGGGAGAGCACGCUAAGAACAUUGUGUUUCAGGGGGUUCACAUGGUCUACAAUGCGCAGGGUCAACCCUCCGGCGAAGCUUUCAUCCAGAUGGACAGCGAGAGUUCCGCGUAUGCAUGCGCCUCUCAGCGUCAUCAUCGGUAUAUGAUCUUCGGCAAGAAGCAACGGUACAUCGAGGUCUUUCAGUGCAGUGGCGAAGAUAUGAACCUGGUCUUAACAGGCGGGGUGGUACCCCCACCGCCACCGCCUAAGGCUCUUCUGUCACCUGGUACGUUAACGACACAAACACCAGCCAGUCUAACUCAUCCACCUCCCGCGGCACCAGUAGCGGUGCCGACACCACAGACACCGCUCUGGGACAUACACGCUCUGGUCCAAGCUCAAGCUCAGGCUCAGGCUCAGGCCCAGGCGCAGGCCCAGGCCCAAGCCCAGGCACAGGCCAUCAGACACCAGGACUUUUGGUUGAUGGCCCUAGCAUCAAAUCCACCUCCAACUUCUUCACCAGGUUCCCCAAAUUCCACCACAACCACGAAGGCCUUAGCCUUGCCACCACCGCCAAAUCAUCAUAAUCAGUUGUCGCACUAUACCAUGGCACCACCUACUGCCGCCGCUCUUCAUGCUCAGUCGCAUCAUCCUUUUCUUUUCCUUAACGUACCUCCUCGUAUACCCAUCCUAAGGGCUCCGCCGCCCCACGGCUUACUACCACCUCUAGUACAGACCGGACCAUUCAAUCCAGCAGCCCUAAUGGGCCUUAAGAGGUCCUGGGAGAAUGCCUUCCCCACGGAAGCUCCAGGUAGUGCACCGAAACGCGCUACUUGGCAACCUCCCGCGGGAUUCCACGCUUCAGCACAGGCUGCUGCUCCCGGUUUAGCCUAUCCCGCUCAAUUUUACCCACCGAUGUAAGUCGAGUUUAGGGCAGCUCAGCGACUAAUAGCGCGCAACAAUUUGUCUUCGAUUCUCCACGUUUUCUUUUUUUUUUUCUUUUUCUGCUACGUAUGGUUCUUUCGUGAUAAUGCUAGAUUAUAUAGCAACACAAGAAUAGUAGCAAUCGGAGCAAUAACAAUCGGAGUAGCAGCUAUAGGGCCCUACUUAUUCUAAAGACUAUAUUGAACUCGAUACGACCACAUGUACUACGUACUCUCAAGAGUGCCUCUCAAUUAAUGAUAUUUUUGUCUAGGGUCGAACGAUCGACAAUAACUCGCCCUAAUUAGGAGAUACCUAUUAUACUAUAGUAUACAAGUAUAUUUUAAAACAUGAGCAACAUUCCAUGCGACACGAAGACUUCGAUACUUGAGGAGCGUACCGCUGUAGGCUUGCCACUCUCUUUUGAUGACUUUUACAUACAUUUGCCAACGCCGCGUGCGUGUGCCUUCACUAUUAUAUGAGCCUCAUACCCAAUUUGUGGCUCCCUAUAUUAUCUGGCGUUAGAAAGUACUUAGGAAGCGAUCAGUGGCCAAGCGAACGCACCAGAUUCCAAUCGCAUUUAGCACAUCCCUAUACUAAUUCCUAGAGAGUAGGACUUUAUAUUACAUACCUUCUAAUAUAAAUUAGCAAUGCUGUACGUUCAUUCAGGAUGGAUGUGCAAUGAUGAAUUUAGCGCAUUAGCUCGGGAUGUAUUACACUGCAAUUUGAACGUUAUCAGACUUUUGUUUUCACGUGCGAAAUGGAAAAAAAAUUAUAAAUUUAAUAGCAAUCACGACGAAAAUCUCCGAUUUAGCAAAAAUUACGAUUUUGAGACUUAACGUUCGCUUAGUGCCUUAAAGCAAAACAAAAAAAUGUUAUACAAGAAAUUAGGUAGAUUCGAACAGAGCGUUAUUAAAGCUUGUUCAUCCAAUUUCUACAAUCAUGUACAUAUAUAUAUUUUUCUCUUUGACAGAUGACCACCAAUCGUUUAUAUAUAUAUAUAUUUUGAUAGGUAUAUUUGUUAUUAGACUUAAGCAAUGGGAAUCCAUCCAUUUAUAUAUACCUAAAUAUAUAUAUAUACACAUAUAUAUACAAUCAGCGUACCUCAUUUCGAGGCAGUGUUAGGACAUUUUUUUUCCACGCGGCAUAUAUCUUUUUACAAUUCGUCUGAAUACACUUGAAUUCUGAUAUGUCUAUGCAUUUUGCGUAUACAUACUUUAUAUCAUUUUUUUUUCUUGUUAAAUAUUAAUCGGCUUCGAUAUGAUAGAACGCGACUGCGUGAAAACGUUCCCAUUCAGUCCUAUAUGAGCAUUCCUCGAAUCACAUUCCUGGAAUCACAUUCCUCCAAAAGUAAAUGGGACCACUCACUCUACUUACACACGUACACGAAUAGCAACUAGUAUAUGCAUACAUAUAAAACGGAGAUACUGAACUCGUGACGCGAAGGAAUGUGAUAAUAAAAAAAAAAGAAAUGUAUUGUAACGAAAGAUCUCACGUUAUCAUGUCAGUCCUUCGCGUCUCGAAUUUCCAAUAAAAAACGUAUAUUAAUCCAAGGGUUGAUAGAGAGUCGAGUGUUCGCUAUGAGAAGAAAGUGAAAAAAAAGAACAUAUAAGUACUAACGAAAAUCAAUUAUCAAAAUUGAUUGUGGAAACGGUGGUUUUUCUUUUGUUGACAAUUUGAUAAUCAAUUUUUUCAUGCCUUGUCAGCAGCGAAUGCUUCGCUUCCGCGAGACUUAACCUGGUGUCGGCAGUUUACCCUUUCUUCUAGUUAUCUUCCAUGGUCUAAUUAAGCAAAUAAACAAAGAAACAUAUACAUUGAUACGAUUAAUAAUCAUACAAUUAGUGGAAGAAAUAGACACUUACGAAUAGUACUAUUCGUGUCCCUCAUGUCGUUAAAUUAGUGUAUCUCUUUGUCGUUACAACCUCACAUUCUACGCAACGCUUACCACGAGUCUUCUGGAACCUGGGUAUCCAAGGAAAUAGUAAGCUUGAGGCUGAGCUUAUGGAAAGAUUUGACCAAGGGUCAUGUUCUUUGAUUUGUUAAAAAAAAAAAAGAAUGAAAAGACUCUCGUGUACGCUUAUAGACGUCUUUCAGUGAUCACACGCUAAACAUAAUUUGCAUACAAAAAGCGUGUGCAUCGUACGCGUACCGUAUAGUUAUUUGUGUAUUUGAUUUCAUUUCAUACGUGUUGUUCGUUUGUAACAAAGAAAAGAAAAUGGAAAAAUCUAUAGCGUGGUUCACUAAUGGCAAUUUUCCCGUAAUCUCAUCCUCGGUCUGUCCUCGCAGCAGUGUUCUUCUUUUUUUUUAUUUCUUUAGUUUUUUUUUUUAAUUUUCUUUGUACAGUAUGGCAGUGCACUACCAAAAGAAUCAUAUCUUGCCAAUGCUUUCUUGAUAGGUUAAUACACACUUAUCUAAUGGUUACACGUGUACCUGGCGUAUGGUGUUUCCAUAUGGCUAAUUUUAGGUCAAUAUUUGGAAAUGCCAAUUUAUGCAUAUAAUUAGAUGGUUAAUUGUAAUAGGCCGUUUGAUUGUUGCACUGCUGCGUGGAGAUACCAUGGUAGAAUGACUGGUUGCAUGGAGUGGUCUAUGGAGGGACUCGCAUAAUUUAUUAUUAUAAAGAAUAUAUCAUUUCAUGAUACCAACAUACAUCAUACGUAUAUAUACUAAUGGAACAUUGCACACUGACCUUAACGACGCAUGCAAUUUAUUAUGGCUAAUCGUUGCUAUCCUUUUCGAGAUAUUUUCAUGUGUUUGUUGAAACUUGUUUGAACGUUAAAUUCAUUUGUAAAAAUAUCGUUCGUUAACUUCGACGAUUAUUCCUCUUGGUAAUAUGUCGCUUACUUCGUAAUAUUGCUCUAAUUAAUUGAAUAUGUAUAUAUAUAUAUAUACAGCGUCUUCCAAAAGAGAUUGGCAGCUUCGAUGAAAUUUAUGUGCAUCAUUUUUUUUUCAAGGUCUCCCCUACGUUAACAAUUGGAGGGGGAUACCUUUCGAUUUUUAUCGAUUGAUAUCGAACCUAAACUUUGUUUGAUAUAAAAAUCAAUUGUCGGUAAUAUUUCUUUGUAAAAAUAUUUGCCUAGUGUCUGAUUGAUUUUGAAAAAUUUGUUGAAAGUUCAUUACACACCAAGGCGUUGUUUUCGCUUUACUGCAGUAUGCGUUGUUAUGAAAGAAAGUCGAUCGUUAUAUGCAAACGUUACUGAGAAAUUCAUUUAUUCGUUAUUUACGUAUGUUCGACUGAAACACACGGCACGGACGCACAACGAAUACACCUUCCAUCGUAGUGACACAAAAUGAAACUCAAACACGAUACACGCACACAUUGUUUUUUUUUUUACCGCUGUAUACUCUCUGUAUAUCGAUUAUUAUAUUAAUAUUCAAUAAUCAUGUUUAAUAAAUGUACUCGUGUCUCGUGGAUA